AUGUCUCUUAUCCUGGCUUUGCAAACGGUCGGAUUCUCCGAGCCAAGUCAAGUUCCUCCAAAUAUAGUGUUCAUCCUGGCGGAUGAUCUGGGCUGGGCGGACGUCAGCUUUCGCGGAGAUCCACAGAUACCGACUCCGAACCUGGACGUCCUCGCCUCGCAGGGCAUCAUCCUCAACAACUACUACGUGCAGUCCCUCUGCACUCCCUCAAGGGGGGCUCUGAUGUCGGGCCUAUACCCCAUUCACACAGGUUUACAACAUUACGCCCCUGCACCGGGCGAGCCUUGGGGGUUGACGACCAACUUAACCAUCUUGCCUGAGCACCUGAAGAACCUAGGAUACUCCACUCACAUGAUUGGAAAGUGGCAUCUGGGUUACUACAAAGAAAGUUACACGCCGACCCGAAGAGGUUUCGAUUCGUUCUAUGGCUUCCUCGGCGGUGGCGAAGACUACUAUGACCACACAGUAUUCUGGGCAAGCACGUGCUUCAGAACGAUGACGCCCGGCCUGGACUUCUGGGAGGACACGACCCCAGUGAGAAAUGAGGCGCACCAUUAUUCGACCGAUUUAUUCACCGAAAAAGCCCUGUCUCUUAUCAAGGAUCAUGAUCAAGCAAAGCCAAUGUUCCUGUACUUCAGUCAUCAGGCAGUUCACUGUGGAGACUACAAGGUUAAACUAGAAGCACCUGCCUCGGCUGUCGCACAUUUUCCCUACAUUAAGAGCCAGAACAGAUCAAUACAUGCAGGCGCAGUGUACGAGCUGGAUAAAUCCGUUGGACUGGUCAUGGAAGCGAUGAACAAGAAGGGCAUGCUGAAGAACAGCAUCAUCGUCUUCAGCACGGAUAAUGGAGGUCUUCCGUGGGGCAAGGAGCCCAACAGCGGCUACAACUGGCCUCUGAGGGGCGCCAAGUUCACGCUCUGGGAAGGGGGCGUCAGAGGAGCCGCCUUCGUCUGGAGUCCUCUGCUGUCCAAGUCUGGACGUCUGUCCAACCAGUUGAUGCACAUCACCGACUGGUUGCCAACUCUCUAUUCAGCAGCCGGAGGAAACCUGUCAACGCUUAGCGAGAUUGACGGCAAGGACACGUGGAAGGCCCUAUCUGAAGACCUGGAAUCUCCUCGGCAAGAGGUCCUCAUUAACAUUGAUCCGACGGACAACAUCUCGGCGCUGAUUGUUGGGCGGCGUAAGAUAGUUCUGGGAUCGUACAACGAAGGAAUGUACGACCUCCGCAUGAAGGCCCCUGGAGGCUCUCGUACCGUGGAUGGUCUUGACCAAAUGAUGCUAUCGUCUCGAACCGGAAAAGUGCUCAAAGAUUUCUACAACGUCCGUCAACUCACAGUUAGGCCUAACUGGCGCAACGAAACCGUCGUGAGAUGCGACCAGUACGCCCCCCGCGACAACUUCGUAGCUGCCAGCCCUCCGUACUACUUUGACCUUGAACACGAUCCUUGCGAGCUGAACAACUUGGCGGCUUCCAACAUGACGGAACUGAAGGAGCUCAUCAUGAAGAUUGAUGAGUAUGCCAAGAGUAUGGUGCCGCCUGCAAACAAACCGUUAGAUCCCAGGGGACUGCCACGAUACAACCACGGCUUGUGGGGCCCGUGGAAAUGACAACUUUCAAAAGAACACCGAAUAAUUGCAAUAGUAUUAACGUUUGGAAACAAAACACUCGAAAAUGUUAUCUGUCAAAAAAUAAAAAAUAAAAUACCUCAAAUAGGAAUAAUAAAC